GCAUAAAAUCAGCUGUUUUUGACAGUCCCUCCACGCGUCACAUUUCGUUCGCAAAUUUUUCAGUUCGCGGUUCUAUCGCUCCCGUUUUAUUUCAGUAGAAUUUGUUUUAAUAAUCAAUCCUAAACGUUUUCCUGUUCCGGGUUUUCAACAAUGGACGAAGAAAGUCGACAACUGGUUGGAGAUUGCUUCCUCCGGACGCUGGUUAAUCCACGAUCAACAAAUGCUCCGCUGGAACCUCCGCCAACGAAGGCCCCCGUUAAGGUAGAACUGCAGGUGCUUCGGCUGAAGGAGGAAUCGCAAACCAUGGUGAUGGAUACGCUGAGAUCAAUUCAUGGGGAGGCAUUCGAGUUGGGAGAUAUUUCCAAAUACGAGGACAAAGGUGGUCGAAUGAAAAAAGCCUACUGGCAGGAUCGGGGUAACUUGGUUAUCCAGGGGGGAUGCGAUUAUUCGAACGUUAAGAAAACGGGUAGCUCGACUGAGGACAAGUUCAGGAUGUAUGCGUUGAUAAAGCUUGAGAGCUAUGGAUUUGCCAAGGGUCAUUGCGAAGAAGCGCUGGACCAUUGUAAGGGAGACAUUGACGAUGCUCUGGGUCUGUUGUUUGAGAAAUAUUUCCCUCCACCGGUGGAUUUGGUCUAUCCAGAGUGUGAAUUUGACGAGGAAGAGCUCGAACAGAUGAGGGCAGAUGAGAAAGAAGCACUGGAGUCGAUUUAUGACAAGUUGUUUCUGGAAAAAGAGCGAAACUGUGUGUGGCAGUUGAAAUUUAAGAUUGAUCAUCUGUUGAAGCAUAGCCCUUCGGAGGUCAGAAAAAUGGAACAAAAAAUUAAACAAGAAGCGGAAGAAGAACGGAAACGGUUGUUGGCAGCAAAAACAAAGGCGAAAAAGCCUAAAAAGGAACCUUGUUGGAACUUUGCCAAGGGAAAAUGUCGAUAUGGAAAUAAGUGUUACUUUUCUCACGGGACAGAUUCCGAAGGAGAAGAAUCCGGUAACAGUAAAGAUAAGAAAGAGAAACCGGAAGACGAUCCAAACUGGUUCUUUCUGGAAAUUCGGUUUCCCAAAAAGAGUAAAUACCCUUAUGAAGCACCUUUACUUUUCUUGAAAACCACAUGCGCUGAUAUACCAAACCAACUGUUGCUGCGAGUUGCACGUGCUUUGGUUCAGGAAGCGAUAAAGAUUACCCAAGAUGGAAUGCCUUGUGUGUAUUCGAUAGCCGAACUACUGCAAAACGAUGUUGAGAUUGCCGCUUUCGUAGAACUUGACCGAUAUCAAUUCCCAAACCCCCGCAGAUCUUUGUUCUACAUUCCGGAAGUGGACUCAAUGAACAACCUCAAAAUCGAAGACCUACCGACCCAUAAUCAGAUGGGAGUCACCAGCCGAACGUCCGGACCUCGGACAAACCCCGAACAACUUCGUAAAGACGAUCUUAAUAUCAUCAAAAAGUUUAUGGACAAACAGAACAAUGGCGCCUACAAAGAUAUGCUCAAGCACCGGAAACAACUUCCAGCUUGGAACAAAAUGACCGAUAUCAUAACUGCCAUGGAAUCCCAUUCGGUCCUAGUCAUCAGUGGUGAAACCGGUUGCGGAAAAUCCACUCAAGUGCCUCAAUUCAUCCUGGACAACUGGCUGUUUCAAUCUUCCCAACAGCAAAACGGAAAUAUCUCACACGUGGAAAUCAUCUGUACCCAACCUCGACGGAUUUCCGCCAUCGGAGUAGCCGAACGAGUCGCUGAAGAGCGAAACGAGAAAAUCGGAAACACUGUCGGUUAUCAAAUCCGUCUGGAAAACAAAGUUUCUUCCUCCACUCGCUUGACCUUUUGUACCACCGGAAUCCUCCUGCGAAGACUUCAAUCUGACCCCAUUCUUGCUAACGUGUCCCACAUCCUAGUUGACGAAGUGCACGAACGUUCCGAGGAGUCCGACUUUCUGCUGCUUAUCCUCAAGCAACUGCUCCAAAAGCGAUCCGACCUCAAGAUAAUUCUCAUGUCGGCCACCCUCAAUUCAACCCUAUUCUCGUCCUAUUUCGGAGACGUACCGGUUCUGGAAAUUCCCGGCCGAACGUUCCCCGUGGAGCAGCUUUUCCUGGAGGAUAUCCUGGAGCGUAGCGGUUUCGUGUUGGAGCCCGAUUCACAGUUUUGUCGCAAGCUGAGGAAGGGCGAGGCGGAACAGCUGAUGGAGGAACUGGAGUAUUCCGAUGUUAAGGCUUCGAAUGCCGCCCCGGCCCGGACGAUAAAGGAUGAAAAUUUGAAGAUGGCCGAUAUGUUUGCGCGGUACGCGGAUUACUCCAAGGCCACAUGCAAAACACUUUAUCUGCUGGAUCCGCUCCGCAUCAACCCGGAGCUAAUCGAGCACAUCCUACGAUUCAUCGUUGAGGGCGAUCACCAGUGGCCCCAGGAGGGAACGAUCCUCAUCUUUCUCCCCGGGCUGGAAGAGAUCAAGAACGUUCACGAGGCCCUGCUGGACAGUCGAAUGUUUGGCCCCCGGGAGGAUCGCUUCCUGUUGAUACCGCUGCACUCGACGCUGAGCAGCGAGGAACAGGCCCAGGUAUUCCGGAAGGCUCCCAAGGGAAAAAGGAAAAUUGUGCUGAGUACCAAUAUUGCCGAGACUUCGGUUACCAUUGACGAUUGUGUGUUCGUCAUUGACUGCGGCCAGAUGAAGGAGAAACGGUUCGAUUCCAAUAGGAAUAUGGAAUCGUUGGAGGUGGUUUGGGUUUCCAGGGCUAAUGCUUUGCAGAGGAAGGGUCGAGCUGGUCGUGUUAUGCCCGGAGUUUGUAUUCAUCUGUUUACGAGACCAAGGUUUACGAGUCAUAUACUUGGUCAACCGGUGCCGGAGAUUCAUCGAAUACCAUUGGAACCGCUUCUGUUGAGGAUCAAGACGCUCGAAACUUUUGGAGGUCAAUCGUUGAAGGAGGUUCUGAGAUCUACCAUUGAACCUCCUAGUGAUGAGAACAUUGAUGCCGCCAAGAAACGACUGGUGGAUGUUGGAGCAUUCGAUUUGGAAGAACAACUGACUGCGUUGGGUCAUCAUUUAGCAGCAUUACCGGUAGAUGUUCGGAUAGGAAAGCUCAUGCUGUUUGGAGCAAUUUUCCAGUGCUUGGAUAGUGUGCUGACGAUAGCGGCUUGUCUUAGCUACAAGAGUCCGUUUGUGUCUCCCUUCAACAAAAGGGACGAAGCCGAGAGUAGAAAGCGACUGUUCGGUAUUGCGAAUAGCGAUCAUUUGACGAUGCUUAACGCUUACAGGAAAUGGAAGGAGACUUCGAAGCGAAGUCGAUACGCGGCCAACUGUUUUGCGGAAGAGAAUUACUUGUCGACCAAAACGCUCCACACGAUCGGUGAAAUGAAGCAACAGUUCUUGGAACUGCUGGUGUCCAUUGGAUUCGUUCCACUAGAUUUGAGUGGUCGUCGGGGGAAAUUUGUAAAAGAUGAGCUACUCGAGCUUACCGGGACAGAAAUAAAUUCGAACGGAGAGAAUAACCGGCUUCUAGCAGCUAUCCUGUGCGCUGCCCUCUACCCAAACGUCAUCAAGGUGUUAACCCCAGAGAAAAGUUUCAUCAGUGGAGCGAGUGGUGCGGUACCAAAACUGCCUCAACCGUCCGAUCUUCGGUUUAAAACCCAGCAAGAUGGAUACGUUUUCUUGCAUCCGUCCUCGAUAAACGCCACCUUUGGCCACUUCAAUUCCCCGUACCUAGUUUACCAGGAAAAAGUUAAAACGUCCCGGAUCUACAUACGGGAAACCACAAUGGUCCCGCUGCUUCCGAUGGUCCUGUUCUCGGGCAGCGAUCUGCGGAUAGAACUGCACGGUGGCGAUUUCGUGAUCCUGCUGGAGGAUGGGUGGAUUGCGCUGCAGGCGGAAACCCACCAGGUGGCGGAAAUGAUGAAAUUCUUACGCCUCGAGCUGGCUAAAAUUUUGGAGCUUAAAAUUUCCGACCCGCUGCUUAAUUUGGCACACCACGAGCAUGGCCGCAAGGUGAUCGGAACCAUUGUGCAGUUGAUUAUGAAGGAGUAAGAGUGGAACGUGCUUGUAAAGUUGUUGUUGCCCCUUGUAUAUAAUCUACACGAGACGCAAGAAAAAACUUGCUGGAGCGAGUUUUUGAAACAGUUAGGUUACAGCUGUUGUACUUUAGAGGAAAAUGAAUAAAUGUUAUAUGUAUGUAAAAGAUAAUUUCCUAGUGCAUACAAUGUGAAGAAUUUA